UGAAAUAUAAUUAGAAGCAAAACAAUCAAAAUUGCACAGUGGUGGAAAAGGAACGACGUGAAAAUGUAGGACUUUUUGCCUGUGCCUUGAUUGAAGCACUGAGAUGGCUUUCAAAGCUGCAAGAAAACUUUUUCGUGAACUUGUCCGGUUGCCCACUCGACUAAAACCACAGUCAUGGCAAGAACAGGAGACUCUACAGAGUGUUUUCUCUCCCGAGUUUGUCGGUAGGCCUCACGUGGAAGCUGCAGUUGGGCGACAAUCUUCGCUGUACAGAAGUUGUAGCGAGUCUCAUAGCAUCAGCUUUUACAGAUGCAUAAAAGGGUUUCAAAGGCUUCUUUGGCAAAACUGCAGUCGAAGUGCAUUUGGUAGUAGUACAGUGUCAGAAUGGCAAAAGGUCACCAGGCUUACAACUUUAUUUGGAGCUUUUGGAUAUGUUUAUUAUGAACAUUCCGAGUCAAUGAAAAUUCAAUGCAAACUUGACAUGAGUGAUGCAUGCAGAUGAUAUUAAAAAACGAGUCUCAUAUUGAAGAUAAAGUGAACCCAAAAGUCAAUGCUCCAACUUCAUUGAAGGAAUUGUCUUUGAAUGAAAGAUUAGGAAAUUCUUCAUCAGCUGCUGCAGUUUAUGCUGCAGAAUAUGACAACAGAGAGUAUGCAGUUAAGAUAAUGUUCAAUUAUGAACAUGCUUCAAAUGGACAUGCACUUAAGAAGGGGUUUUCACAAGAAUGUCGUGUCCUUGCAAAUACAGAAAUAGAAAAAAAUGAUGCAGUCGAUUUGAAACAAGAAUCCUUGCCUGAACAUCCUAAUGUCAUUCGAGUUCUGCAAGCUCUGGUUGAAGAAACCCCUUGUCCAUCAGAUGCUCUUGAAUCAUAUCCAAUUGCCUUACCAAAGCGCCACUUUGCUGAUGGUUUGGGUAGAAAUAAGACGUUGUGUCUGAUUAUGCCCAAGUAUAAUUGUACCCUUAGACAGUACAUCACCGAUUCAAAUGCAACUUUAAAAGAAAGAAAACUCCUUUUGGCUCAGCUUUUUGAAGGUGUUGCUCAUUUGGUUCAAAACCAUGAGGCUCAUAGAGAUUUGAAAACGGACAACAUUUUGCUUGACACGUCUGCUGGUGACUGCCCAAAACUAAUUAUAACAGACUUUGGAUGCUGUCUUGGUGAUGAAACUUUGGAGUUGAAACUUCCUUUUGAGACGCGCCAUGUUGAUCGUGGCGGGAACAGCGCAUUGAUGGCUCCAGAGGUUGCAAUGGCAGUACCUGGACAGGGAAGAUUUAUUGACUAUUCCAAAGCUGAUCUCUGGGCAUGUGGUGCGAUUGCAUUUGAAAUAUUUGGAGAAAGCAACCCAUUCACGGAUGGGAGGUUAGAGAACAGAAGUUACAAUGAAGAUGAUGUGAAAGAAUUGUGGAGGUAUCUUCAAAUCAAUACAAAAAACAAUAAAUAUGACAGAGUUGUUGGCAGACUUAUUCAUCAAGUUCUGCAGAGAGAUCCAAAUGAGCGGAUGACUGCAGAAGAAGCCGCCUUGAUGGCUUGCGUUAUUCUCUACGCGCCUGACGAAUGGUGGUUGGAAUAUGAUCCGUUUGAAGAAGAUGUGACAAUCUGGUUCCUGAAGUUCUGGUCUCAGUACUUGAAAGAUGUGCGUGAUUUCAAUCAGAAAGGAACACCCUUGUCAGCUGAGUUAACUCUGCAAGGGUGUUUCCUGCGACGUGCUUCCUUUGACAAGGUGCUUUCUGUCGUAAAGAAAUUCAAGGAGAAUUUUUAAUCAUUGAAAAUACUGUUGAAGUGAUUUGUAGAUAGAUAUCGUGUGGUAAUAUUUAAUUGUGUAAUAAAAUCCAUUUAUUUGUGGUUUGAAAUAAAAUCCGAAUGAAUUCA